AUGUUUAGAGAAGUCUUUACUAUCAAUGGCUAUUGUUGUCAGUUCGACAUCACCCACUUUACAGAGUUCGCCGAAAAUGACACUAAUUUUAACGCUGGAGUAGAGAUAACAGAAGCUAUUGAUGUCUUGGUGGAUACUCGGAAAGUGUACCCGAAUCGUACUUUUGGAGAUGGCUUUAUGAUGCUAUACAUAUUUGACGAAAUGAACAAACUAUCGCUUCUAGAUAGUUCUAUAAUUCUGACACCGUCGACAUAUUUCGACGUAACAGUUGAUGUUUGGAUCAUUGACUCCUCAUCAGAUGUGAAAGCCUUGACGCUGAAUGGCAGGAAGUGCUUCUUGGAGACUGAUGGCAUCAUUGGCAUGCAUUCCUCUUCAUACCAGCAUUGCGUCACGUCUUUCAUUUUGAAAAAAGUCGUCGAAUACUGCCAUUGUCUGCCGUUCGAUCUUACGCGACAUGUAUUUGAAGAAGAGUACCCACGAUGCACCUGGGAAAAGCUGCUGUGUGUACACCAAAUACUAGCUAAAGUUCAAGGGAACAUUAGAAGCAUCAUUUCUGAAAAUGCGUGUUACCAAAAAUGUGACUACGUCCAAUACGAGACGAAAGCAGAAUACAUCAAAGAGCAAAGGGCAGUUAGCGGCUACGGAGGUCUCAGCCGGGUCACCGUUCAUUAUGCUAAUAACAUAUGCAUUAAAUAUAGGAGAGAGGUCCUCUACACGUGGGAUCAAAUGCUGGCCAAUUUAGGCGGCAUUUUUGGACUAUGCCUCGGUGGAUCUAUUAUAAGUAUCAUGGAAGUGAUUUGGUUUCUGUUGGAUUUGAUGAUAGCCGCAUGGAAGAAUAUGACCAAGCAUAGAAUAGGCAGUAAAAAUGUUCGCAAAGUGAAGGCCUAA